AUGGCAGAUAAAGAUGAAGAGUUGACUAUGCCAAGGGAUGCAAAGAUUGUGAAGUUUUUGUUGAAAUCAAUGGGCGUGGAGGACUAUGAACCUCCUGUUAUACACAAGUUUCUUGAGCUGUGGUAUCGCUACAUUGUUGAUGUGUUAACAGAUGCCCAAGUGUAUUCAGAGCAUGCAGGCAAGUCUGAAAUCGACUGUGAUGAUGUUAAGCUUGCUAUUCAAUCCAAGCUUAACUUCAGUUUCUCGCAACCACCCCCUCGUGAGGUGCUACUGGAGUUGGCUCAAAACCGCAACAAGAUACCAUUGCCGAAGUCUAUAGCUGGACCUGGUAUCCCGCUUCCACCUGUUCCGGACACGUUAAUCGGUCCCAACUACAUGUUUGGAAUUCCAAGCCAAAGGUCUGCUGAACCUGAAGAAACAGAGGAUGAAGAAGCUACUAUUCCCAACCCUAGCCCAGAAGAGAAGAUAGACAUGCAACAACAGGAUCCCCAUCAAAGAGUAUCAUUUCCCCUUCCCAAAUGCCAAAAGGAUAAAUAA